AAAGAGGUAAACGGGUUUUCAUGGACGGAGUCAGCUUGCAUCGAAGAGAUUGAAGUAAAAAGGACACUGAGCGAAAACUGGAUUGUUUUGAUGAGUAUUAAGUUGCGUUGAAGUCAGAAAUGCAUCACGUUUAGUAUUUGUAUGGUGUUACAGCGAAGGGUUACGGUAAUUCUCCUUGGAAAAAGUCAUUAAAUGGAAUGUGUGUUGGCGUAGUUGAUCCCAUUCAUGCUGCUAACUGAAGAGCUUGUGCAGGAGAAGAGCAGCAAACAUGGACGUGGAAGACUUUCCUCCCCCACCUCCUGAAUUGUUGGCAGACAGCGUCCCCUUUGCAGAUGAAGAUGAGGGGGAAGCCUUUGACUUUGACGACAGCGGUGAUGAGGUCCCUGAGGCUGACCGCUCGCUCCUCGCACCUUCAGCUCCUCUAGAAGGCCUCCCUGAAGGCCAUCUCCCCAGCCCGGACCCCCCAGCACCUUCCACUGACACAGCUCCAUCAUCAGCAGACACAAUAGUCGCCGCAAGCAGAUCCUCCACAGCAGGUGGAGCAACAGCCGAAGGAGAGGGGACAUCUGCUGCUGAGGGGACUGAUGACAUCGAGACAGAUUUACCACCACCUCCACCCCCUCCUUUUGACGAGGACACAGAGACAGAACCCAGACUAACAGGCAGGGAGGGCCAAGAUGCAUCUAUCAGUGACCCUCACCCACCACAGGCCGUCCCCAGGACCUCCUCCCAGGGCAAAGUCAACCCCUACUCUGUGAUUGACAUCACUCCUCUCCAACUGCAGCAGCUUGAGCAGCAGCAUGGACUCUCCGCUUCCGCUUCCUCACCAAUGGAGCCCAAGGAACAAGAGGGAGAAGCCCAGGAUUCCCACACCAGCACUGCUGGCAUCACUUCAGGAUACUCAGUCCCGGUGCCUUGUGGAUAUGCAACCCCCUCUGGUGUACCACUCAUUACACCAGCUUACACCACACCUGUCAUCAUUCGACACCUCUCUAUGGAUGAAGAUGUCAAUGUGGUUGGGACUGGCAGCACCUCUGUUGACAGUGUCUUCAAUGAAGAGUAUCCACCUAUUAGAGAAGAGGAUGCUUUGGCUAAAUGGGCAUCAGAUCCUGCCAACACUGCCUGGAUGGAAAAUCCAGAUGAGGUGAUCUACGAUGACGUGCCCAGAGAGAACUCUGACUCCAACACAGAUCCAGAUGAGAUGAUCUAUGAUGACGUGGAGCUUGGUGAGGAGGGUGGCUGUUACAGCUCCCUGGACAAUGGCUGGAGCUCUAGUGAAUUUGAGAGCUACGACGAGGCCAGUGACGGUGAAGGUCGCCCUGAGAACGGCCUGCCCCACGCCUUCAUGAGAGGAAAGCCACCCCAGAGGAAAACUCAUCUCUCUCAAGAUCUGACACGCUUGAAAGAACACUAUGAGAAAAAGAUGAAAGAUCUAAUGGCAAAUACAGUGGGAACGGUAGAGCUGCAGCAGCUAAAACAGAAACACGAGCAUAAGAUGCAAAAGCUGGUGAAGGCAGCUAAGGAAGGGACCAAAGAUGGACUGGAGAAAACCAAAGCUGCUGUCAAGAAGGGACGUUCUUUCAUCAAGACCAAGUCAUUCUGUCAUGAGAGGAAGUCAGCCUGUUAUGAGGACGAGGAGUCUGAACUCUUCAUCGAGGUGGACUGUUUCAAUGUUGAACCAGUGUUGUGUCCAGCACCAGAGGGUCUUUCACAGCAGCAGUUGGUGAGAAGAUGUAUACUGGGAUCUAUACUGGAGAGUGAGAAGAACUACCUUGAUGCACUGAAGAGAAUAUUAGAGCAAUAUGAGAAGCCCCUGUCCCAGAUCGAGCCGAGGCUGCUGAGCGACAGGAAACUGAAGAUGACCUUUUACCGUGUGCGUGAGAUCCUGCAGUGCCACUUCCUGUUCCAGAUUGCCCUGGCCAGCCGUGUGGCAGAGUGGGACAGCCUGGAGAUGAUUGGGGAUGUCUUUGUGGCAUCGUUUUCAAAGUCCAUGGUGCUGGAUGCCUACAGUGAGUAUGUGAACAACUUCAGUACUGCGAUGGCAGUGGUAAGGAAGACGUGUGCCUCCAAACCUGGCUUCCUGGAAUUCCUUAAGCAUCGCCAGGACACCAGCAGUGACAGAAUGACUUUGUAUGGCCUGAUGAUGAAACCUAUCCAGAGGUUUCCUCAGUUCAUUCUGCUCCUUCAGGACAUGCUGAAGAACACACCGGUGGGUCACGCAGACCGUCUGCCCCUGCAGAUGGCCCUGACCGAACUGGAGACACUGGCAGAGAAACUCAACGAAAAGAAGAGGGAAGCUGACCAGCGCUGUGAGAUCCGUCACAUUGCAAAGGCUAUGAACGAACGCUACCUCAACAAGCUUCUGAGCAAUGGCAGCCGCUACCUGAUCCGUUCAGAUGACAUGGUGGAGACAGUCUACAAUGAACGUGGUGAAAUCAUCAAAACCAAGGAGCGACGCCUCUUCCUGCUCAAUGAUGUUCUCAUGUGUGCCACGCCCAAUAUCCGAUGCCAGGAUGGAAGUGGGAGUGGCAGCAGCAAUGCCGCACUUGACCAGAAGUUCCUUCUUAAGUGGAGCGUGCCUCUCAGCUUCGUGGAAGUGCUGGAGUUUGGGUCCAGCGAGGACAUGGCUGACAGCAGCCACUACCCAGCACCUCAUUCUGGGGAGAAGGUGGUCAUCAACGCUAAGCCAAACAAGCUGUACAUGGGCCCUGGCCAGUUGUACCAAGAUCUGCAGAACCUAAUCCAUGACCUCAGCCUGGUCAACCAGAUCUCCAGCAUGAUCAGCAGCCUGAAAGGCAACUACCAGAAUGUAAACCCCGCAGUGGCCCAGGACUGGGUAUCAGGUCUCCAGAGGCUGAUACUGAAGAAGGAGGAGGAGAUCAGGGCCGCUGACCGCUGUAGGAUCCAACUCCAACUGCCUGGCAAACAAGACAAGUUGGGUAGACCCACUUACUUCAGUGCAGUGUUCAAUACUCUCAACCCAGCAAUCAAACAGUCAUGGAUCAGUAACAUGCAGAUGGCCAAGCUGGCUCUAGAGGAGGACAACAUGCAGGGCUGGUUCUUCGCUGAGGAUGAUGGGAAUCAGAUCAAAAAGCAGAAACACCCUCUCUUGCUUCGACAAAUGCCCGUUGUCAUGUCAAAACUGCAGGAAUUCAAAGUGGAAUGUGCUGUUCAUAACCCAGAGCCCCACAUCAACAGGGAGAGCACAGCAGACACGCCCGUCAUGGGACAUGGAUGCGUCUGGGUUGCAAGUUGCACCAACCAGAUGGGCCAGAUAUCAAUAGUGGCCAUGCAGAGCUCCAGCCCGAAGGUGACUGAGUGUUUCAAUGUAGAGUCCCGUAUCCUCUGCAUGGCCUACGUCCCUGCAGAGCUACUCCAAGAGAAUGGCGAGAAGGUCCCUGACAGCAACCAUGUCCCCCCAGCGAAGGCCAGUGAUACCCCCAGUGUCUGUCUGGGCAUGGAGGAGGGCAGCAUCAUUGUGUAUAAGAGCAGCCAGCGGUCCAAGAAAGUCCGUCUGCAGCAUUUCUUCACCCCAGACAAGUCCACCGUCACCAGCCUGGUCUAUAAGAAACACUGUCUGUAUGCCGGCCUGGUCAGUGGCUCUGUGGUGGUCUACUCCAGAUCACAAGAUGGUUUGUGGAGCUGUGAAAAGCCCAAGGUGCUGAAGCUGGGAGUCCUGCCAGUAAAAGCCAUGUUGGCUGUGGAGGAGCACCUCUGGGCUUCAUCAGGUGGCCAGAUCUUCAUCAUCAGCACUCACGCACACUGUGUAGAGAGGCAGCUGGAGGCCCACCAGGAAGAGGGCAUGGUGGUGUCCCACAUGGUGGUGGCAGGGGUGGGAAUCUGGAUCGCCUUCAGCUCUGGGUCUACGUUGCGCCUUUUCCACACAGAGACCCUGGAGCACUUGCAAGACAUUAACAUUGCCACACCUGUCCACAAUACACUGCCUGGGAACCAGAGAGUGUCAGUGAGCAGUCUGCUGGUCUGUCAUGGUCUGCUGCUGGUAGGGACCAACCUGGGCGUGACUGUGGCCCUCUCGGUCCCCAGACUGCAGGGGAUCCCCAAGGUCACAGGUCGGGGUAUGGUGUCCUUACACGCUCACAAUGGACCAGUCAAGUUCCUCACCAUGGCUGCUGCAGUAUGUAACCGGCCCUCGAGCCUGCCAUCACCCACCACUCCCAACUCAGUCCAGCCAACAGACACAGACGAUGGGGAGAGCACCCAACCCCCCUCAGAUUCAGCCCCGACUCCCUCUCAUGGACGGGCUGUGUGGUUGGGAGAUGCAGGCUGUACCACCAUGGCUCUCCAGGACUCCUUGUCUUCAUCCUGUGGCUCCCUCGCUCCAUCCCAGGGCUCUCUGGAGCACGGGCCGGAGGAUGGGGCCCUUUACGACGUGCUCCAUGAUCCGGUCCAUCACCAGAAGGGCCGUCGGGCCAGCAAGGUGGAUGUCAGCUCUUUGCUGGUUGUUUCUGGUGGUUUGGGCCACCGCAGGGUCAGCAAAAAGACCAAACAGUCUCGCCAUGAGGACAUCACUUCUACCAUCAUGAUCUGGCAGAUCCCCUUACUCAACAUGUGACACCAGAAAUACUUUGGUUAAAACAGAAGUGCUGCACACAACUCUCACAAGGAGAUCCGGUGUUACACUUUGUGGAUCAUUUGGCAUUGAUCAAAACAACUACAUGUUUUAUUGAAGUCCAUAAGCAUCAUCCUCAGUGUCCCAUGAUGUUUCUAAUAAUGUCUCCUACCAUAAAAAAACAAAGGAUCAAUAUAACCACUCAAUCAUGAUGCUUAGCAGCACAAACAGCGCCCUGCAGACCAGUCGAAGGAUCUCCUGGACUUGUUAAUGGUAUACUUGGUUGUAAACACUGAAAGGUCUUGAAAUUCACUUUCUGAGUUGGUUGUUUUUCUGUAACAUGGCUAAUUCAUUACUCUGCAGUGUUUGUGCCAUAUUGGUUAACUGAAUCAGUAUUUAAAACGGUGUUGAAAAGAAGUGAGAAAGGCAUGUAAGGUAACAAGGGGGCCUUGAGUCUGUUACAUAAAAGUUUUAUUAAGAUUAGGAUUAGGUUUUGGCAGGAUCAUCUGUCAAGGCCAUGAGUUGUAGAUAUGAAGUAUGACAACUCAGGAUUACAUGUGUAUGAGUUUUAUGGUCAGAGAAAGUGUCUGUGUUUAUAUCAAAUCCUGUCGCUAUUGGACCAGCUUGUCCGCUGCUCUUACCAUUCUAUAGUGAAAAGGGAUUAAAGAGUUGAAAUUUUGAUGACUGAAUUAGGAAUUAGCAAGACUUGAUGAGAAUUCCUGGCUGGCCAGGUUUCUAUUCAUAAAGGGAUAAAAGAGUUGUUAUCACCAGGAGAGUGCCCCCCCACCCCAUUGCAUCUUUGUUUCUCACGUAUGGAUAUUUAAAAAAACAGCUUUAUACUUUUGUCACAUUUUGUAUGUACUUCUGUUCUUUGUAUUAACAAAUUCAUAAACUGUUUUAUAGAGCAA